AUGUGGUUGGCUUUGCAGCUGGGCUUGCUGUCGGUUUCCGCCAUCGUCCGGACCAGCUGCGAGAAACCUUUCCACAACCGCGACCGCUCGGACAUGGCGCCAUCCUUGCAACGCUGGGCACCUCUCAUCCUCGACCAGGUGGCCGCGGAGCAAUACCUGUCCAAAUAUGGAUGGACUCAGCAAGUAAACUGGGACAGUAUCAAGUACCAGAAGAAUAUUGCAGAUGAGCAUCCAGCUCCGAAAGACUUACUGGAUCUCAUUGAAGAAGGGUCAUCUAUUUCUAAACAAAGAGAAGAAUCUAGGGCUGAUCCCAAUAAAAGUAUUGCAUAUACAGAAGCUUUAAAACAGUUCCAGAAGGCCAAUGGCAUACCUGUGACUGGAGAACUAGAUAAAGCCACUAAAGGAGCUAUGAACAAACCACGCUGUGGGGUCCCAGAUAAAGUCCUGUCCAAUGAUAUCACAUUAGACAAUGAGACAUCCACUGCUAACCAGACUGUUGGUUUCAACAACACUGCACCUGAUAACAGUGACACUACUGACAGAACUGUAGGCUCCAAGGGACGCAAGAAGCGUUUUUUGCAAUUGUUAUUUUCUCCCACACAUAAAGUAUUUUCAGUCGACUCCGACAUGGAUAGUAAGGCAGCGAAAAUGGCCUUUUCUAAAUCGAAGCUAACAUGGCGUUUGAUGGGUGAAGGUUAUAGCAAUCAGCUAUCUGUUGAAGACCAGAAACGUGUGCUGAAAAUGGCUUUUAGGAUGUGGAGUGAAGUUAUCCCUUUAGAGUUUGAGGAGAGUACUGACCUUCCUGCCUCAAUGAUCGACAUCAAACUUGGCUUUGGAAAAGGUCGCCAUAUGGGCUGCACACGGGCAUUUGAUGGCAACGGGCAGGAGUUUGCUCACGCAUGGCAAUUAGGUGAUAUUCACUUUGAUGAUGACGAUCAUUUUACUACUCCAAGCAACAGGAAUGGAAUUAGCUUACUGAAAGUGGCUGUCCAUGAACUAGGUCACGUACUGGGUUUGCCUCAUAGCUACAGGACGGGUUCGAUAAUGCAACCCAGCUAUAUCCCACAGGAUUCAACUUUUGAACUGGACUGGCUUGACAGAAAAGCCAUUCAGCAACUCUAUGGUAUAUGUGAAAGUCCUUUUGACACUGCAUUUGACUGGAUUCACAAGGAGAAAAAUCAGUAUGGAGAGUUGAUAUUUCAAUUUAACACAUACUUCUUCAGAAAUGAAUUGUAUUGGCUUUAUGAAAAUCGGAAUAAUCGAACACGUUAUGGAGAUCCCAUCGCAAUCUCAGUUGGAUGGCAAGGAAUCCCAAGUAGUGGAAUUGAUGCUAUCGUACAUGUAUGGACGUGGACAAAGGAUGCCAUCUAUUUCUUUAAAGGUACCCAGUAUUGGAGAUAUGAUAAUGAAAAUGAUCAAACAUUCACAAUGGAUGCAGAGGGAAACAGAUAUCCCAUGUUAAUUUCUGAAGGCUUUCCAGGUGUGAAAGGACCAAUUGAUGCAGCUUUUUAUGACAGGAGAGACCAACAUAUAUAUUUCUUUAAAGGGCCAAAUGUGACUACUUUCAAUGUGAAUACCAACCAAGUUAACGAAUAUCCAAAAAGAAUCAUUGAUGUAUUCCCACCUGUAAUGCUGAAUGAUCAUCCUAUUGAAAAUCUCAAUGCUGUAUACUACUCUUAUUACUACCAAUCAAUCUUUUUCUUCAAAGACAAUUUCUUUUGGAAAGUAGUUGAUAAUUGGGAUAAAAGGCAGAACCCAGUAUUGCCAAUGAAUGGAUUAUUGCCCAAAAGAAAUAUUUCAGAACAGUGGUUUGAUAUUUGUAAUGUUCAUUAUUCUUUGCUAAACUAG